AUGGAUUCGUCCGACGAGGAAAUCGAUGCCAUCAUAAGUACGACAGCCCAAGAAGCCGUCCGCAAAGCCGCAGCUGUGUACUUUCGGUCAUGGAGCGGGUUUCGUCGCGGUCGCCAGCCAAACAUCGAUCGAAACCAGGCUGGUGGGCACCAGAAGAUUAUCGACGACUACUUUGGUGAAAACGGGUAA